ACAAAGCCACAAGAAGGAGUGUCCUUUGCUGUCUCAGGCCCCUGCGGAGAGCAGACAGAGGGUGGGCCCUGGGAGGGCUCUCACUCUUCUACUUCCCAUCCCGACUUCCUCAACCCUCUGUCAAACUGGAUUCCUCCUUCACGGAGAAAGCAUCUCCAGGGACAGUCCCCAACCCGGUCCUCAUGCUGCUGGGACUUGUGCUGCUGAUGUGCGCUGCCCCCUGCGAACCAGCCAGUGAAGUGCUGCUUCUGACAGCCAGGCCCUCUCGGCCCAAGGAGGGGGGCUCGAUGACUCUGACCUGUGAGAUGCGGGCCACUUCUCAGAAGCUGGACGCCCCAGUCCAGUUCUGCUUCUUCACAGAUAGUCAAACCCUGGGGCAGGGCUGCAGCCGCUCCCCAGAGCUCCAGCUCCCAACCGUGUGGAGGGAAGACUCGGGCUCCUACUGGUGUGAAGCAAAGACCUCGACCAUCAGAGUCACUUGGAGCCCCAGGAUCCAGAUACAGGUGCAAGGAGUCCCCGUCUGGAACGUGAGCUUGGAGACACAGCCUCCAGGGGGACAAGUGCAGAAGGGAAAGAAGCUGGUUCUCAUCUGCUUGGCCACCCAGGGCACAGGAGACAUCACCUUCUCCUGGUACAAAGGGGCCCUGGGUUUGACCCUGAAAACAAAGACCCAGCGUUCACUCACCGCCACGUUCGAGAUCCCGGCGGUGACAGACAGUGACGCAGAGAAAUACUACUGCACGGCCGACAACGGCUACCGCCCCAGCAUCAGCGAGCUGGUGAGCGUCACUGUCAGAAGUCCAGUGUCCCAUCCCGUCCUCACCCUCAGGGUGCCCGGGGCCCAGGCCUUCCCUGGGGACGUGGUGGAGCUUUGCUGUGAGGCCCAGAGCGGCUCUCCCCCGAUCCAGUACUGGUUUUACCAUGAGGACGUCAUCCUGGGGAGCAUCUUGGCCCCCUCUGGAGGAGGAGCCUCCUUCAACCUCUCUCUGACCACAGAACAUUCUGGAAACUACUCCUGUGAGGCCGACAAUGGCCUGGGGGCCCAGCGCAGCGAGGUGGUGACCCUCAGCAUCACAGUGCCUGUGGAGGACAAAAAGGAACUUCUCGCCUCAGGAGUCCUGGAGGGGCUGCUUGGCACCCUUGGUCCCACCGUUAUGGCCUUAUCGCUCUGCUGUUGGCUCAAGAAAAGAAUGGGAAGACCAGCGGCUGCAGACCCGGGCAGGAGCCCUCCCAGCCCCGUGCCACAGGUGUCCAACUACAUCAACUCAGCUGCCCCACUGCAGGAACAGUUUAUAUACGAGAAUGUGAAUGUCGUAAGCGGGGACGAGGUCUACUCUUUGGUGUACCACAGGCAGCAAGAGCGGCAAGCAGCAGUAGACCCCCGAAGGACACAUACCACAGACCAGGAUGCCUCAGCCAUCUAUUUUAAGCUGAAGAAGGCAAGUCCUGCAGAUGUGGACUAUGAAGAUGCCAUGUAAAGUCCUGGAAGAUUCUGCUCUUUGGAAACCAUCCAUGACCCCAAGCCUCAGAACUGAUAUGUUCUUCAGAGAUCCUGGAGUAGUCAGCUUUCCAGGACUUCUCAUCUAGGUGCUUCCCCUCACCCUCCAGAGUCUAUUCCUGCAUCAGGCCAAAAGCCCUGAAGAAACCAUCCAAAAGACCCAACAUGAACGUAGGGGUGGGGCAUCACUCCUACUGGUUCUUUUAGGCACAGGUCAAAUUGUGCUCUAACUUCAUUCUAUAAGAGGAAACGGGUUGGGUGACCUUGGGAUGGAAGGACAGUGAAGCUCACUUGGAGUGCGUGGACAUGAGGUUAACGAUUCUGCAGGCAGCUAUGCAGAGGUGAGCGCCCAUCCUCUUGUCCAAGUGCAGAUGCCCUCUGUGUUGAACUCCAGAAUAACCCUGACACAUACAUGACUCUUCCUCUUUCUGCAUGAAAUAUGUGACUUGGUGCACUUGGAGUCACUAUAUCAUUAUCCACAGUGACUAUGGGUACAUUCAAUUUCAGUGACAUGUUUUGUAUUCACAGACUCAUCUAGAUGCCCCCAUAUUUAUCAUGACAUACAAUCAUUGUGUCACCACACCCAAAGUUCUGCAUUUGCUGCACCUCUAGAAGCUUAUGAAUAUAAUUUUUCCUCUUUUAUUUACGAACUUCAAAAAAAAUGUGACAAUACAAUUUGGAGUCCAUGUUUUCAUUUUAAAACAGUUAAUUAUACACCAACUCUUACAAAUUAAAACAAUUUAGAAGUAUAUAAUAUAAAAUGUUGGAGGCUUCCCUAUAUCUAACACCACAAGUGGUACCCCUGUGUUUAAUAACAGCAUUGAUGGGGCGCCUGGGUGGCUCAGUUGUUAAGUAUCUGCCUUCAGCUUG